GGGCGAAGAUGGCGUGCUUCACUUCCAGCCGUUUCAGCUGAUAUUGAGAGUGUCAAUGAUGGCACUGGACUUAGCAUAGAUAGAACCAGAUCCAACAGUGCACUCUCAGUGAGUUCAGGUUCAACUUCAGGUAUGUUGUAAGUGAAAAUGUGGGAUUUUAAUAUAAAUCUUUUCCAACAGAUAGAAUACUGAUGGCUGUGACCAGAAAAGUGUCUUUUUCAUAGGGAGCUUUUGUGACAUGGGCCAGCGGAACAGAAAGAGUACUAUAAUAAUUAUUAUGAUGUUUUAUUUCCUUUAAUUGCUAUUAAGAAUAUUGGAAGCAUACCAUGAAGUGAAAUUGAAAAUUAUAUUCUUUCUCGAGAUAAGUGAGUAGUUAAUAAGAUAAUUGUGAAAAAUACCAGAAGCAAAGGAGGUCUAUUAAUUUUUUUUUAAAAACGUAUCAAUUGAAAAUUCUGUAAAUCUGAACUUUUGGUAAUGUCAAUAUAGACGUCAGUUUGCAGGACUCGCAAUGGUGUCUAGCAGUAUGAUAACUAUUUAAAGUAUGUUGAGAAUAUAAAGUUAAAGGCUAUGUAUUUGUCUGUGAUUAAGAUAAACAUAAAUAAUAUCUUGCAGAUUUUCAUUCAAGUGCUUCAGUUACUAUCACUACAGCAGGCAUUUCCAGACUGUCAGUAACAGCACCAAGUGCACCAGCUACAGGUUAUGUCGUAUUCCUUUUCUUUUCUUUUUUUUUAUAAUGAAAAUCGUGCAUUAUAAAUGUAUCUGUAUGAAUGGCUUUAUUUAGGCAUAAAAUUUCAACUUUAUCAGAUUGAUCAGCAGCAAACAUCCAUGUACAACAAAAUAAUAUUAAAAUAAUAGAAUAAGUAUUAUAAAUAAUAAAAAUAAUUUCUGCAGUCAAGAAACUUGGUACAAAUCCCUUUUAAAAAAUGUUUGAUUAUUUUCUUCUGAAUAGGUGUCAUCGAAUUACCAGAGGCUAGUGUUUUACUUGAUCUAAUACCUGAAAAUCAGGGUAAGUAGAAAGUUAAAAUAAAACCCACUGUUCAUGUUAACAGGUCACAUUGGUUUGAACUUAACAAUUCUUCGAUAUCACUCCAUCCCAUUUUCUAUUAAUCAAAACAUGUUUAACAGACAUGCCGAAUUAUAAACAUCACCUAGAAGAUGUACUGUAAACACAUCUUUACUACCAGUCGAAUAGUUUGGGAGUUUCUGUUUUCAUUUACAAAAAUUAUUUCAAUUUGUUGUUUUGCAGGUCACGUACUAAGUCCGUUGGAGUCAUCUAUUCGAAUGACACAUUAUCCAAGUCUUCCUUUCAGUCAUCCAUGUACCUUCCAUACGGUAAUUGUUAUUUUUGUGGUUGCUAUUAGUAUUGUUGUUGGCGGUAUUUUAAUUUUUUAUUACUACUAUUAUUGUUUGUUUCUUAAGUUUUCAUUAUGUGUACAGAUCCAUUUUAUACAUAUAUUUUCCAUGUUUCAUUUUUAGCUUAUGGAAAUGUCAAGAUUGGAUGGAGAAUUGGGUAGACCUGCGCUUGUGUGUAUUUGUAGUGAACGUCAGUGGCUUCUUUGGAGGUAUUGUAGAUGCCUUGCUUUUAUGUCUUAACCAUUUUGGAAAUUUAUAUCUUCCCAAACAUUGUUUUUGUUAAUUAAAACUGGCUGUAAGAGGUCUAUUUGUACUUAUUUAAAUAGCUGUGGUUGUUGAUUAUGUGAAUAGAUGUAAUAGAUCACAACCAGAUCAGAGUACAAGUCUGAUGACAAUGAAUGUAUAAAAUAUGUGCAAUGUGCUUCUAUGCAUAAAUUUUGAUCUUUCAGGCCCAUUUUUGAGAACAGUGAGAUUGCUAAGCUGGUGAAUGAAAACUUUAUAUUUUGGGUCCAACCGUCAGAUCAUGGAGCUGAAGGAAGGGAAGGUAUAUUUUCCUCCUCAAAUAAUCGCUGUCCUUGAAUGAUCGUCCACUUUUGGUGCAAAAAAAGAGCCCAUGGCUAAUUGUUGAAGGAUAGACAGUAUAAAUUAAGAUAUUUAUGGGUAACAUGUAACACGAAAAAUUUAUUAAUAGAUGAUACAACAACUCCGACUGUGCAUACGUAUUCAGAUCAAUUAAGUCAUUUCAGUGAAUGAUGGAAAAAAUCAAUGGUCAGUAGUAAUUUUGCAAUAAGAUACGUGCUUCUCUUUCAUUCAGGAUUAGCUGCCAUAAAUCAGCAGAACAAUAAUACUGGGAUUGUAGCUAUCGUAUGCUCAAGAGCAGUUGGUGAAAUUAAAGUCUUGCUAAAGGUUACA